AUGACUUAUAAAAUAUUAAAAACUAAAGCUUAUAAGCUCGCUAAGUUCUACGAUAUAGAUAUCUAUCUAGUCUUUAAUUAUCAGCGAGGGUUAUUUAUCUAUAACUUAGUCGAGGAUAGAUCUAAAAUAGAAGGCCUACUAGAAAGCCCCGAGAGUAAUUUAUCUCGGCUUACUCGAUAUUUCGCCACUAGAUUGGAGUAUUUUCGAUUAUUAGAGGAUCUCUAUAGGGAUAUAGACCUAGUAAAUAUUGCUGCUGAUAAAGAGGCUCUAUAUAUAAAGUCUUAUGAAUGUGAUUAA